GGCGCUCUCGCCCCGCGGAGCUCCAAGCGUCUCGGGCUUGCGCGGGGGCUGCUGCGCUGGCUGGCCAAGAACAAGUCCCUAAGUUGGCGUGCUGGGCGCCCCUGCCUUCCUCUUCCUCUUCCUCGGAGGCGACCGCGGCAGAAGCAAGCCCCAGGAACCCGGCUUGGCCCGAGCUGUGAACCAGGGUGGCCAGGCGCUCUGGACUCCCGCGGAGGAGCGGGGAACCGAACGCCCAGAGCCGAGCUGGCCCCGCAGCCCAGGGCCGCGAGGGAGCAGCCUUCCCCCGCCCGCGCCUCUCUCGGCCGGGGACCGCGGGGAUCCCCGGCCCCACGCGCGCGCGCGCUCCCACAUCCACUCUCACACACACUCGCCUCACACACACCAGCCUGGAGCUGGGCUGCGGACAGGGUGCUCCGGCGCGCUCCGAGGACCAGGCGGCUGCCGUCCGGAGCGGGGCAGGAAGCGAGCUGGGGCUCUUGGAGCGGGCUCCGAGGGCUUAGCCGGAGCAUGGGGCCGGGUGAGCGCUGAGAGUCACGGCCGCAGCCAUCAGCCCUGGAGAUGACCAGGAGCGGCCACUGCUGAGAACUAUGUGGAGAGAGGCUGCGAGCCCUGCUGCAGAGCCUCCGGCUGGGAUAGCCGCCCCCCGUGGGGGCGAUGCGGACAGCGCGGGACAGCCAGGGGAGCGCGCGGGGGCCGCAGCAUGCGGGAACCCGCUAAACCCGGUGGCUGCUGAGGCGGCCGAGAUGCUCGUGCGCGCAGCGCGCCCCACUGCCUCCUCGACCUUCUCCGGCUACAGGGACCGUAAGUGGCGACUAUGGGCAGACUGGGCUAUUGGACCUUGCUGGUGCUGCCGGCCCUUCUGGUCUGGCGCGGUCCGGCGCAGGGCGCGGCGGCGGAGAAGGGUCCCCCAGCGCUGAACAUCGCGGUGCUGCUGGGUCACAGCCACGACGUGACAGAGCGCCAACUUCGAAACCUGUGGGGCCCCGAGCAGGCAGCGGGGCUGCCCCUGGACGUGAACGUGGUGGCCUUGCUGAUGAACCGCACCGACCCCAAGAGCCUCAUCACGCACGUGUGCGACCUCAUGUCCGGGGCACGAAUCCACGGCCUGGUGUUUGGGGACGACACCGACCAAGAGGCUGUGGCCCAGAUGCUGGAUUUUAUCUCCUCACAGACUUUCAUCCCCAUCCUGGGCAUCCACGGGGGCGCAUCUAUGAUCAUGGCUGACAAGGACCCGACGUCCACCUUCUUCCAGUUUGGAGCGUCCAUCCAGCAGCAAGCCACGGUCAUGCUCAAGAUCAUGCAGGACUACGACUGGCACGUCUUCUCCCUGGUGACCACCAUCUUCCCUGGCUACAGGGACUUCAUCAGCUUCAUCAAGACCACCGUGGACAACAGCUUCGUGGGCUGGGACAUGCAGAAUGUGAUCACGCUGGACACGUCCUUUGAGGACGCGAAGACGCAAGUCCAGCUGAAGAAGAUCCACUCCUCCGUCAUCCUGCUCUACUGUUCCAAAGACGAGGCCGUCCUCAUCCUGAGCGAGGCCCGCUCCCUGGGCCUCACGGGCUAUGACUUCUUCUGGAUUGUCCCCAGCUUGGUCUCUGGGAACACGGAGCUCAUCCCCAAAGAGUUUCCAUCGGGACUCAUCUCCGUCUCCUACGACGACUGGGACUACAGCCUGGAGGCGAGGGUGAGGGACGGUCUGGCCAUCCUGACCACCGCGGCGUCCUCCAUGUUGGACAAGUUCUCCUACAUCCCCGAGGCCAAGGCCAGCUGCUACGGGCAGACGGAGAAGCCGGAGACCCCGACUCACACUCUGCACCAGUUUAUGGUCAAUGUGACGUGGGACGGCAAAGACUUGUCCUUCACGGAGGAGGGCUAUCAGGUGCACCCCAGGCUGGUGGUGAUCGUGCUGAACAAAGACCGACAGUGGGAGAAGGUGGGGAAGUGGGAGAACCAGAGCCUGAGCCUGCGGCACGCCGUGUGGCCCAGGUACAAGUCCUUCUCCGACUGCGAGCCGGACGACAACCACCUGAGCAUCGUCACCCUGGAGGAGGCUCCCUUCGUCAUCGUGGAGGACAUAGACCCGCUGACCGAGACGUGCGUGAGGAACACGGUGCCCUGUCGGAAGUUCGUCAAGAUCAACAAUUCAACCAACGAGGGGAUGAACAUCAAAAAGUGCUGCAAGGGGUUCUGCAUCGACAUCCUGAAGAAGCUCUCGCGGACCGUGAAGUUCACCUACGACCUCUACCUGGUCACCAACGGGAAGCACGGCAAGAAAGUCAACAACGUGUGGAACGGGAUGAUCGGGGAGGUGGUCUACCAGCGAGCGGUCAUGGCGGUCGGCUCACUGACCAUCAACGAGGAGCGCUCCGAGGUGGUGGACUUCUCCGUGCCCUUCGUGGAGACCGGGAUCAGCGUCAUGGUGUCCAGGAGCAACGGCACCGUUUCACCCUCUGCCUUCCUAGAACCCUUCAGCGCCUCCGUCUGGGUGAUGAUGUUCGUGAUGCUGCUCAUCGUCUCUGCCAUCGCCGUGUUUGUCUUUGAGUACUUCAGUCCCGUUGGCUACAACAGAAACCUGGCCAAAGGGAAAGCGCCCCACGGGCCUUCUUUCACCAUCGGAAAGGCCAUCUGGCUCCUCUGGGGCCUGGUGUUCAACAACUCUGUGCCUGUCCAGAAUCCUAAAGGCACCACCAGCAAGAUCAUGGUGUCCGUGUGGGCCUUCUUUGCCGUCAUAUUCCUGGCCAGUUACACAGCCAAUCUGGCUGCUUUCAUGAUCCAGGAGGAGUUUGUGGACCAAGUAACAGGACUCAGUGACAAGAAGUUUCAGAGACCUCAUGAUUAUUCUCCACCUUUUCGAUUUGGGACGGUGCCUAACGGCAGCACGGAGAGAAACAUCCGGAAUAACUACCCCUACAUGCACCAGUACAUGACCAAGUUCAACCAGAAGGGGGUCGAGGACGCCCUGGUCAGCUUGAAGACUGGGAAGCUGGACGCUUUCAUCUACGACGCCGCGGUCUUGAAUUACAAGGCCGGGAGAGACGAGGGCUGCAAGCUGGUGACCAUCGGGAGUGGGUACAUCUUUGCCACCACUGGCUACGGCAUUGCCCUCCAGAAGGGGUCGCCCUGGAAGAGGCAGAUCGACCUGGCCCUGCUGCAGUUUGUGGGUGAUGGGGAGAUGGAGGAGCUGGAGACUCUGUGGCUCACGGGGAUCUGCCACAACGAGAAGAACGAGGUGAUGAGCAGCCAGCUGGACAUCGACAACAUGGCGGGCGUGUUCUACAUGCUGGCCGCCGCCAUGGCCCUCAGCCUCAUCACCUUCAUCUGGGAGCACCUCUUCUACUGGAAGCUGCGCUUCUGCUUCACGGGCGUGUGCUCGGACCGGCCCGGGCUGCUCUUCUCCAUCAGCAGGGGCAUCUACAGCUGCAUUCACGGAGUGCACAUCGAAGAAAAGAAGAAAUCUCCAGACUUCAGCCUGACCGGUUCCCAGAGCAACAUGCUGAAGCUCCUUCGGUCGGCCAAGAACACGUCCAACGUGUCCAACAUGAACUCCUCCAGAAUGGACUCACCCAAAAGAGCCCCGGACUUCAUCCAGAGAGGUUCCCUCAUCAUGGACAUGGUCUCAGACAAGGGGAACCUCAUCUACUCGGACAACAGGUCCUUUCAGGGGAAGGACAGCAUCUUUGGGGACAACAUGAAUGAACUCCAAACGUUCGUCGCCAACAGGCACAAGGAUAACCUCAACAACUACGUGUUCCAAGGCCAGCACCCUCUCACCCUCAACGAGUCCAACCCGAACACGGUGGAGGUGGCCGUGAGCACAGAGUCCAAAGGCAACUCCAGGCCCCGGCAGCUGUGGAAGAAGUCCAUGGAGUCCCUGCGCCAGGAUUCUCUGAGCCAGAACCCGGUGUCCCACAGGGAUGAGGGGACCACCGUGGAGAACAGGACCCACUCCCUAAAGAGCCCCCGGUACCUUCCCGAAGAGGUGGCCCACUCCGACAUCUCCGAAGCUUCCAGUCGUGCCACGUGCCACCGGGAGCUGGACAACAACAAGAGCCACAAGACCAAGGACAACUUCAAGAGGUCCCUGGCCUCCAAGUUCCCCAAGGACUGCAGCGAGGUGGAGCGCACCUACCUGAAGACCAAGGCGGGCUCGCCCAGGGACAAGAUCUACACCAUCGACGGGGAGAAGGAGCCCAGCUUCCACCUGGACCCGCCCCAGUUCGUGGAAAACAUGGCCCUUCCGGAGAACGUGGGCUUCCCGGACAGCUACCAGGAUCACAACGAGAACUUCCACAAGGCGGACUCCACGCUGCCCAUGAACCGCAACCCCCUGCGUAACGAAGACGGGCUUCCCAACAACGACCACCAGUACAAGCUCUACGCCAAGCACUUCACCCUCAAAGACAAGGGGUCCCCCCACAGCGAGGGCAGCGACCGCUACCGCCAGGGCUCCACCCACUGCAGGAGUUGCCUCUCCAACCUGCCCACCUAUUCCGGCCAUUUCACCAUGAGGUCCCCCUUCAAGUGUGACGCCUGCCUGCGGAUGGGCAACCUCUACGACAUCGACGAAGACCAGAUGCUGCAGGAGACGGGGAACCCCACGCCCCGGGAGGAGGUCUACCAGCAGGACUGGGCGCAGAACAACGCUCUCCAGUUCCAGAAGAGCAAACUGAGGAUCAGCCGCCAGCAUUCCUACGACAACAUCCUGGAUAAACCCAGGGAGAUGGACCUGGGCAGGCCCUCCCGGAGCAUAAGCCUCAAGGACAGGGAGCGGCUUCUGGAGGGCAACUUGUACGGGAGCCUGUUCAGCGUCCCCUCCAGCAAACUCUCGGGGAACAAGAGCUCCCUCUUCCCCCAGGGUCUGGAGGGCAGCAAGAGGAGCCAGUCUCUGUUGCCAGACCACACCUCCGACAACCCCUUCCUCCACUCCCACGGGGAUGACCAGCGCCUCGUUAUUGGGAGAUGCCCCUCAGACCCCUAUAAACACUCGUUGCCCUCGCAGGCCAUGAAUGACAGCUACCUUCGAUCAUCCUUGAGGUCCACGGCGUCGUACUGUUCCAGGGACAGUCGGGGCCACAGUGAUGUGUAUAUUUCAGAGCAUGUUAUGCCUUAUGCUGCAAAUAAGAAUAAUAUGUACUCUACCCCCAGGGUUUUAAAUUCCUGCAGCAAUAGACGCGUGUACAAGAAAAUGCCUAGUAUCGAAUCUGAUGUUUAAACUCUCCCAUUAAUGUUUUAUCAUAGGGAAACAUGGAGUGGUGAGCGCUCUGGAGGGUGAAUGUGGUCGUCCGAUAGUGCCCUGCAAGGAGGAGGAGGGCUUAGAGAGGUCAUUUUUGUUGGCUCUUUUGCACAUGGCUCAUGCCAUAAUCUUCCACUCAAGGAAUCUUUGAGCUGUGUGCUGAGCACAGCAGAAACCAGAGAGUUAAGUCCUUAACCAAAAACAAAACAAAAAAAAAAAGGGGCAGGUCUCCGGACACGCCUUACCAGGUGUGUUGGCAAUAACGGCCCAGGGUGUCGAUGGCGAUGUUAUGGUUCCCUGUAUUCAAAUCCCAUUAACGUCGGUCCACCAUGUCAUUUCCUCAUCUGAAAUGCCUAAUGGUUUCUCUGAUACAGAAUAAGCAAUACGGUAUGCAUGUGACCCUGACACGGACAAUAGGACAGUUAGGAGCGCACCUGCACCGGAGCGAGACGGACCUGUGCGGGAGGUUAGGAAGUCUGGCUCGUAACCGUUCUCACUUUAUUGUUAUGCUGCCCCUCAUGCCCAGGCCCGACCCCGAGAGCCCCAGGCUCCCCCAAGAAUAGCAGAUCAGCGUGUUCGUGGCUCCUUUGCUCCCUUUACCACCGUCCCUCCAAGACGCAGCUGGAGCGAAACGCCACAGGGACUCUCAGGCGGAGCCACAGGGACCUCUUUGGAUGUUGAUGUGCGUUUUCCUCUCAUCCUGGGCUCUGAUGGUCUUGCUCAGAGCUGCAUAGACUAGCACGUGUGUGUCUUCGAUACCUAAGUGUGGAUCUUCUGUCCGCGACACAGUGGCCGUUGUAGUUGACCCCGAAGACUCCUGUGUACGUAAGUUCGCAUUUCCUCCCUUCUGGUGACGACUCAGGGUUGUAUAGUUUCUGUUACCCCAACCCUCCCAGCGGAACCGUAACUUGUCCCGUCCCCCGAACAGCCAUGGUGGUGUCUAAUUAGCUGUGUGUUUCUGUUCCCAGAGUUGUUAAUGUGGUGACACGUGCCAACAGCCAUAUGCGUACAGUGAUCUGUAAGGAGCACCGUGCCAUCUGUCUGCCCGAGCCUAGCAUGGUUUUAGGUUUAUCUUCCUUAAUGUCACAAAACGCUCUUGGACGCUCAUUUCCACCCCAACCUCCUCAAAUCAAAAGUCUCCAAAACAUGAGACACUCAUGCCUCCUCCCUGAGCACCCCCCAAACUGUGGAUGAACUUGACGAGCUGAGCGCUCUCUCUCUGCUGAAACACACACUCUCUCUCUCCAAGGCAAACUGCCUCGUCAGCACCAACAGAAAUAUGUGAAAAACCCCCAGACGCGUGUGUCUCAUCUCAUUCUUACUCUGCUAAAACCCGGGCACGCACGGCACGGGUGACUCUCGUUAUCAAAAACAGUUGGAGGCAGAGAGGGGAAUAUUCACACUUGGGAAACUUCUUAGCACAGCACCUGCCGCAUUAAAAAAAAAAAAAAGCAAACAGAAAAAAUAAAGGUCGUUGUUAUUUUAUGACACUUUUUCAGACCAGAAUUUUCUAGUUUCAAAAUUAAAUAUCAUAAAACCAGCAAACGAUAUGACUGAAACAUUUUGUAUGGUUCUACUCUAUUAGUAUAUUUUAAAUACACAACUAUCCUGGAAAUAGUUGGGCUAAUAGCCAUCCGUUUUUGCAGAAGACCUCGGUCUCAUUGGUAGCCUCCUGCAUAAACCUGAGCUCUUGUGGAACUAGCCUGACCAUUUCCCGGUUUCUUACUGACGUUUGCUUGGGCUCUUGGAGAAGGAGACAGGUGGCAGGUUGAACAAAAAUGACCCGUUUCUCCCCCUCAGGCUGUGUUCUGCUCCAUAGGCAGCGUGGUUUUUCUCCAAGUGGACAGCGGCUGGGGAUGGCUCUCUCAGAGCUCAGGGAUACACGGACUGGCUUUGCUCUAGAAAGGUGCCCUGCCCCGACACUCGCAUCAUGUUGAGAAGGAGCUGAGAUGAACCUGAGUGUCCGCAGUAGGCAGCAGAGGAGGCCUGGGAGGGAACAGCUUCCUAUUGUCUUAGGCAGAGGAGGCGGAGGUGGUGCAGGUGACCCACGGGCUUGAAAAUGACAUUUUGUUUCUUGGAUGCUGCAUCUUUUCAAGACCCCAAAAUGGGGAGACCUGGAUAAGAGGACCUGGGAUGGUCGCCCCUAUUUCUGACCUUGAUUUAAGUUUCUGAGGCUGUGCAGUCUCUAGCCCCUUCUGACUCUGCCCCCCCAUCGCAUCCCAGCCCUGGGCUCGCCCAGCCGAGGUCACUGCCAUGUCCUCAUGAGCCUGGCCUGUCUUAACAGGAAGUAAGUUCUAAAAGCCUCCCCAGAACACAGGGCAACGAUGUCCCACCAAUCCAAAGAGGCGUUCUGUCUUCCUCGGGUGUCCCCAGAGCCCAGGGGCCUGCCUGAUGCCACACACAGUCUCCAGGGCUGACUCCAUCCGUCAGCAAGCCUUCCCCUAAGAACAGCAUCGUUGGCUGCUGACCCCUACAUUUCUGGAGGAAGAGACUAAAAACGUGGCUUUUGGGAAAAGCCCAAAAUAAUAUGGUGGGAGAAAUAGACUUCUCUUCAUAUCCAAGGUGUUUGUAAAACAAGUCACAGUAAAAACAACUGGAAAUUAGAAUCUAUUCCAUGGACACGUGUUUUCCAUCCCCCGUUCUCUCACUGACACUUAAAGGCCAGGGCUUCAACAGGAAGAUCAGCCACUGGGCGGACGGGCAGUUUCCAAGUGAGAGACCAUACUGAGAAGCGAUGCAAAGGGAGCCCAGGUCAGUUCAGUCCUUUCACGAAGUAAAACCAGAUUCGUGGCGCCCAUGAGAAACGGUGCCUCUGGUGCGGGAGGUGAGGGGAGCUCGUGGGAGCCCUGAGCUCUGCACCCAUGACAGAGGGCUCCGUGACCCUCCCAGCCCUGAGAUCUGGGCGGCUGAUGCCGUCUAAGCAGAACGCCCAAGUUUCACCUGGAUUAAGUCAGAGCUGCCAUCUCUCCUGACAUUUCAGUGACCACAAGUGACUUCCCCCUUCUGUACCGAUCCUCAGAGAGGUACACUGGGAUGCGAUGGCCAGGUUCCUGUCCAUGGGCAGUAGCACACACAGUCACCUAAUGGAGAGGAUUCUGUGAGAGAGUCUUCUGGGCAUAACCUCUGCUCUGGGGACCUUGGUGUUCAGGAAAGUAGUUUCCAUCAACCUUGCACCUGCGGGCUCUGGGGCUGUUUGUGGCUAUGUUCAAUGCUCCAAGCAGACAGUUCCCAGUGGGUCCGUCUCCCCGGCAGUGAGGUUCCGAGAGCUGGAGGGAUUAUAAUAACCUCACCACCCCGUCCACCUCUCUCCGUUAUUUUAUCCACCACUACAAAUGAGUGUCUCAUGGAUUCUCCUUGGUUUUCUCAUCUUAUUUCCCAGGAAAGACCUCAUACUUAGCUUUUCUGAUGAGAACAUUAAAAUUCACCCAUUGCGGCAAAAUCUGUCACAUCAAUUCACGCAUACUUUCUGGGGAGAAAAAAAGAAAAGUACACCUUGUUUACAAAUGAAAUAGUUUCAUUUAAAUGGGACUUUAGCCAAGGUGGUUAAUUAGUCAAAAGAUCCACAGUAGUCAGCGGGCACACAUUGUUUAUUCUAUUUGAUAUGUCUACUACGGAUGUGUAUUUAAUAUUCUGCAUCCUUCUCAGGAAAUGACAAAUGCCCUGAAAUCUUUGCAAACAGAAUUGCUAAUGAAAAAGAGAAAAAGAAAGUUGGUGUUAAUUAAAUGGUGAUUAAAAAUUUAUCUCCUUUAAACCUAAAAAGUGCAGCUUUAAUAAUCGGUUGUCAUAUAAAUAAAUACCUUGCACUGAAAUCCCUUGCGGUUUAAGACCUAAAUAAAUACUAAUUUGAGAAAACCUAAAUGCCCUUCAGAGGAGCUGAAUGUAUUCGUUAGCAGGAUGCACAUAUCUGGACUGUUUCUUUGUGCGGAGCCGUUAUGCGUGAAUCCUUGAGGGAUCACGGGUUGUUUCCGAAACGGAGCCCGUGUCUGUGUGGACCGCGGCUACCGUAGACAGAAUUGAACUUAAAAAAAAAAAAAAAAGAUGGAAGUGGGUGGAAGCUCAGUUCAUUGGCUGGUUUGUGAUAUGUUAGGGUCCCAGGCAAGGUCUGUCUUCCUUCCAACUGCAUCGUUUUAUGUUUACUUGAGUCAAAAUCAGGCCCUUUCUGGAUACUUCAUCUUUUUUGCUAAACAGGGUUGAAAAGUGCCAAUGGAAAGAUCAUUCUGGGUCCAUACUUGAAAAGUCGUCCCAAUGCGCGGCUUCCCUUGUCCCCCGCCCCCGCCCCCAUGCCGCACUGUGUUCAUCUGUCUUUGUCCAUUUGGGUUCUGCUUUGCCACCUGGUGUCUGUCAGCUCAGAGCUGGUCAGAUGCACUCCCCUGGGAACACCAAUGCCGCGUACACAUGUAUAUAAUAGACCGCUUGAUUCCUACAGUCCACACCCAGGUGUAUUCUCCCAAUGGAGUUGUACAUAUGUACAGUGUUUGUUAAAAAGCCAGCGGCAGUGGCGGCGCUGACACGAGGGAAACCCAGUUUGGUUGUCUUGGCGGGAGGCUGCUUCCGUAGAGAAGGCAUUCUAUAUUUUUUUAAUCUCAGUUCUAGGGAGGGUAACAGAGCCCAAGUGGGAUCUGGGGUGUUGGUAUUCUUGGUCCCUUGAAAGGCAAAACUCUGGGGUGAGCCAUCGUGGAAUAGUCGCUGUUUACAUUUGUUCUAAAGAGGACACUGACGUGGGCUUUGAUUUCUCUAAACCCAUCCAAAGACAUAGAUUUCCUACUUAAACCCCUUACCCUCCUCCCCCACCCCUGCAUUUCUGUGCCUAGAAGUGCCGAAGGUAUAGAAUCGCCAAGAGAUGCCUGCCCCGGAGAGUCUGAGAAGAAUCAGAGUUCGUAGGACUGCACAGGACCUGGGGAAGAGGAGGCAGAUGAGAAACUGGAGCUGGACGGGGCAGGGACGGGGAAGACACGGAGGGCGAGGAUGGCGAGGGGCGGGGCCCCGGGGUCUGAUCGCUGGCUCUGCCCCCCUUACCAGGCUGACCCGCUUCUAGGUCUUUUCAAGGAGGACCCUUCUGAGAACCUCGGAUCAGAAUCAGAAAGGCCCAUAGAACUGACCUGGCUUGCUGUGCCCUGUGUAGACAGACCCGGGAAGCCCCUGUGACCUGGGUUUUCCUACAAACUCUUUCACUCUCCCUCAUUUUCCCAGGGACUUUGUCCCUGAGAAAGACCAACAAGGGAUGUGGCUUAAAACCGCGAACCAAAGAUGACAUCUGGCAGCAAUCCUUGAAGUCAUAGCGCUACUUCCCAAGCACCGAGGUUGAACCAAGUACCUUGGUUACCUGAGGGGACUCGACGGAGGGUCCACUCUCUUUUGAAGUCCACUUUAGUCUUAGGGGGCUACAAAGGCAAUAGAAAACACAGUCCCUUUCAGAAGUAGCUUGUGAUUUGGAAAUUCCGUUCCUUAACAUGGAAGAUACCUAAGAUGCGUAGAUGGCAAACGCAUACCAAACAGUAAGAAUUAGAAACGAUUAAUGAAGUUGUUGCCAAGAAGUAAGAAUGAAUCCGAUCCCAAGAUCAACCUUUAAAAAAAAAAAAAAAAAGCUCCCCCAUAUACCCACUGCUCCUGGAAAUGCCCUGAUGUUGAGACCUCCAGAGGAGGUGUCUAGGAACCCAGGAGCAGCGAACCAGGAGGAUGAUUCCUCUGCACAGGCAGGCUCGGACCGGUCCUCCAGCCCUUGCCAGAUCACCUCCUCCCAGCUCUGCUGGGCGACAUGUGCUUCAGAAGGGCGUUGGAAGAACCCUGCAAGGAUGAGAAAAUGGACCGUGAUGGGAAAGAGGGAACAGUUCCCCAAGGGUUUUUUUGUCUGGUCUUGGACUUGUGAGGGACACUUUUGACAGUCCAGGGUAUAAAUGUAUCAGGGAAGGACCAGGGAGGACCAAGUGCCUACUGUUGUGGCUGGAGAAGGGAAGCUGCAGGUUCCCUAGAGAGUCGACACGGGGAGUCUGCGCGGAUUUCGGGAGGACCCGCCGGGUGGAGAGGGGAUUUUUUUUACCCUGUCCAACCCAGUUCUGGGCAGGACUGAGAUGUGAGAUUCUCUGUUUAUCACAAGUACACACCAUGUGUCAGCAACUAAAUCUGGAAAUAUCAAAAUAUACCCACACUGAGUAUAGCCUACAUUCUAGGAACAUUCUAGAAUGAGGUUCUCAAAAUAGCCAUAGGAUAGCAGGAUGAUUGCUCCCAUUUUGCAGAUGAGGAAUCUGAGGCUUAGUUGUUCUCAGCCUCAUCAGAAACUAGAGUCAGUUAAUAAAUCCCUGAUGUUGGACACAUUCUCGAAGUGCCUGAUCUCCUCCAGGGAGGUCAGAAGAGGAGUCGGAGAGAGAGAGCUGCUGUGGCCAGGUCCCCUUCUCCGGUGUGCUGGUCCCUGAUCCUCAGAGUCAGGAAUGGAGUGUGUCCAUCACACGGGGGGGUCUCACCUCUGUUCACAGUCCCUCCCGAGACUCAAGCAUUGUCUGUUCUCUCCUCCUUCAUGGGAGUGCAGUCAGCAUUUAUUUUUUGGUUCCUGAGAAGUUAUUUUCUCUAUUGAGCAUGUGCCUAAUCUUGAAUAUCCCUUCCCACUCUCUCCUGACUUUAUCAGUUGGCAUCAGGGCUUGUUGCAUUAGACAUAUGUACAUAGUGUGCUCGCGUGUGUAGACACGCACACACACACACACACACACACACACACACAUGGCCUUGUGGCCCUUCGUUGAAGCUCUCCUAAACAUCGUGACCCAUUUUUAAGGAGGUGGUGUCAUUUGCAAGGUGACUGUCCCUCCUCUUUGUUCUACGUUCGCUCCUCUCUGCCCGGCAGAUCGAAUGAGGCUCAGAGGCUGACGAGGUGGAGGACAGAGGUUUGCACAAGGGCUGGGGAGCUUCAGGAGCCAGAUGGCUGAGGGCCGGCUGCCGAAGUGCUCUGUUGAUGUUUCCCUUCUUGGUCUGCUGUGACGUUUCCUAAUUGCCUUAGAGAGACUGUCCUGGUCACGAGUGUCAGGAUGACUGUUCAACCGCUGAGUGCUUCUUCUCUUUGUCCCACGAAGGAGAGUUCUUGAGUUGGAAUAGUUCACUGGGCUCAGGAGCCCCGAGGAUCUGGUGUCGAAUGCACCUUGUAGACGAUGCUCCCGAGCACCCACGUGUCUUCUUGGGCAUCCUUCUCCUCCCACGUUCAAAGCCACGCUGCUGCUUUUCUGGCACCUAUAGUUACUGUGAGGUGGGGCAUGCAGACCAUGGCAUAGAUGAGGAUCUGAGCAGGGAUUUUAAAGGUUGUCUUUCAAGCUGGCCCUGAAACGUAGCCGAGACAGAGCGUUGUUGAUGUUUAACAGCUAUUUUGAGAUCCUGUUGCUGUCUGCAAGUGCAGGACGACAUCCUCCCAGGGAUGUUGAGCUAUGCAGAAAGUGGAGCACCCCAAAGAAUGAUCUGGCCAACAGCAUUACUUUGGAGCCAUAUUUCAAAGCACAGAACUCUCCAGGGAACAAGAACCAAAUUGUUUAAAAUGGAGUCAUUCCUCAAAUUAACUUCCUCAGAUAAGGUGACAGAGAUCUGCAGAAACCAACAAGACAGAGCAGAUUAUCACUCACAAGUCCCUCUUCUGUACCGUGCCAGCCAAACAAGGCGUCUGCAUUUUUUGCAGUUCUAGAACAUUCCUCAUUAGUGGUAGCCCCGGGUCAUAACCUCUUCCAGUUAAUUCUCCUUCAGACCUUUGGGAAGGGUUUAAGAUGAACCCUGGAAAGAUAUUAACAUAACACAUAGCCAAAGCCGCAGCUGCCUUUUGAAUUAAUAAGGUUAAUUGUUCUCCAGCAAACAUGAGUUCGUCUUCGGCAUUUUAAAUGCUUCUCAUUGAUCUGACAUUUUGCCGUUUCAGGAUUUUAAAGGGCUCGAAUCAAAGAGUAUUGAUAACUGAGCAAAUAGUAAAGGUCCAGAAAUAUAAAGAACAUUGUCAGUUUCGCCAUGAAAAACAAUCAUAGCCUUUUGAAUUCAAUUGAGGUUUUUACAUUAGCCGUCUAAGACUUAUUGAAUCAUUUCUAUUCUCGGUCAAGCUAAUUCAAGCGAAUGAACAGUAUUGACUUUUUAAAUCUAUUUUACCUUUUUUUUAAUCUUAAGUUUAUUAGGUUUGUAGACACAGCUCUGGGGCCAUGAUCACUAGGGAAAUGAUAGAACUUAGAAGACUCCAAUGAUGAUUUUGUAUGGCUCCUCGGGGUCGUCUUGGAGAAUUCUGGUGGAUCGGGGAAGAUGUAUGUGGCACUUGUGACAUUCAUGCUACCCCGAUUUUUUUCAUGGGGAAGGAUGUCAACUGUCUCGAUUCUCUUCAAGAUCUUAAGUUAAGAAUAACAUUUUCAUAGAAAGUACAUUCACUGCCAGGUACAAGUAAUUACAUGGCUAGAUGUGACUUGGUUGCUUGAGGGUCCCUGAAGAUUUUUUUUUAACCAGCUGUUUUAAAAUUCUGAAUAUUAGUCUUAUUCGUCCCCCUGCUAAAUUUAAAAGCAUACACUUGCCAAAUUAAUCGGUAGAAUUCAUCAUCGUUGAUAUCACACUGGAAUGUUUGUGUAUGUGUGUUUAUGUAUAGUAUAUAUAUAUUUCAAGCUGAGUAUUCAGAAAGAAUUAGAUGAGUUCAUGGGUGGCUUGAAUAAGAAGUAGAUCAUAAAAAUAAAAGAUAAUGAUAUUCUCAGACAAAAAAAAGAUGAGCCAUUUAUUUUCCACUCAUGAAAUAUAAGACCGUGGCGUAGGGUAUAGACUGGUCAUCUCCCAGAAGAAGGUCAUUGCAUUAAACAGCGUAUACUAAAGGGUUUGUGUCUGAGUCUGCUUUGAACCCAGUCGGGAUGGAGCUCAUAUGCAGAGGCUUUCCAUUCAUAGCCACCUUCAAACACCGUCUAAAACUCACGUCAGAAGUGGCUUGAUCUCGUGUACGGUGGAGCCCAAAGCGGGCUGCGAGCUCCUCAGCUCAGUGGUCUUCGUGUGGGGUUAGAUCUUCACUUACAAUCACAACGGUUUAUAUCUGUCAUGUUUUAAUCCACUGCAUGAGGAAGUACUGAUAAUUGUAUUAAAUAUUUCCAAGCAUAGCUACAAAAAUUACACGUUUGCUUAACACCUUUCUAUGAUAGAGGAAGCAUAUACUAUGGUUGUCUUCUUGUAGUACGUCUUUUAAUUUUGUUCAAUGUGUUAUCAACUGUUUUAAGGAAUGGGAUUAUGAAAUGUGUGUGCAAACUGAUAUGUACAUAAAUCCCGAGGCAAAAGAAGUGCCCAAUCAUACGGUGUAAAAAUGUAAAUACAGGAAAAUUUCAUUUUUCUAAUAAAGAUAAUUUCUGCCAAUUGAUAUGAA